AUGAAACCUUAUGAUCCCCAAUCGCAAAGCUUACAGCCUCUUCUUUCCACCAUAAUUCGACGAUUUCCUUCUUUCCAAGUCGAUCUACGCAACUCGGAGAGCGGUGAAGAACUCAGAAAAAGCGCUUGGCGAUUGGAGCGGGGAGAAAAGCAGCUCCACUCCACUCCACGAGUACCGAUCAAGUAUACGAGGACCCUUGAAACGUGGGGGGGGGAGAAGGAGCCUCAAUUCGGAUAUCCGACAAAAGACCACUGCAUUGGCGUGCUGCAAAUUCCUGCAAAGAUAGUGGCAAUUUGCCUUUCAACGGAGAAGAAAAUCGCAUCGCUCACAAGCAUGGAUAUCUUCAGUGGCAUGAGAAUGGGAUCCAGCCCAGAACUGCGUGCCUUUUACGGAAAGCUCGUACUGCAGCAUUCCCAGAGUGCAAAUACAGCCUCGAGACAGCCUGAAGAAGCCUAG